AUGCGCUCCUCUUCGAAUCUCUCCUCUUCAGCUCUAGUGAGUUUUUUUACUACGAAAAAAAAUCCAGAAUUCUUUUUUGUCAAAAAAAGUUUUUUCAGAACUAUCUGGAAUCGCUGGAAAAAUCGUCGAAAGCUUUGCGAGGAAAACGGCGAGAAUCGAUUUCUGAGCUGAUUUCGAAAGUCAGACGGCAAACUUCGUUGUCAAGGGGAAAUUCGGAUGAUUUUGAUGGUUUGAAGUGAGUAUUUUUGGGGGCUCAUGAUUUUGAAAAACGUGACAAUUGGAGCAUUUUAAGCCAGGGGGCUUUCUAAACCGAAAAUUUUGGAUUUUUGGUGAAUUUUAAGCCCUGGGAAAUUUUUUGGGGGUUAUAAGGUAACUUUUCAUUAGAGGGCUUUAAAGAAGACGAUUAAAAUUUUUGGAAAUUUUGCUUAAAAUGAGCAAUGAUCAUAUUUUUACAGCGACUCUUUUAACAGUUCCGAAUCACGCGGUGAAAAACUCCUCAUUCUCUCCUCAACUUCUUCCUCCGAAUCCACUGAAUCCGACUCGGAAGCCACACAAAUUCAACGAAUAUUGCCGCGCGGAACACCGGGCAAUAAACCCGCGCGGAAGAGUUUGGAUGAGCUCCGCGAGCUGCGAAACUCGAUCGAUCAGAGCCUGAUACCCGAUGUUUCGGGACCGCCGAAAAAAGUUGGGACUGAGAAAUCUGGUGUGGAGAAGGUGAGUGAUUUUUUGGGUCCUUGAAUUUUCAGAAACUGAAAUUUCAAAAAAAAACUUGCCACGUGGAUUUUCUGUUCAAAAAUUUUCAGAAUCUGAAAUUUCAGUUUAAUUUUUGCCACGUGGAUUUUUUGACCCAAAAUUUUCAAAAUCUGAAAUUUCAAUUUAAUUCACGUGGAUUUUCUGGUGCAAAAUUUUCAGAAACUGAAAUUUCAAAUAAUUAUUUUCCCAGUGAAUUUUCUGGUACAAAAUUUUUAGAAUUCAAAAUUUCAAAAAAAAAAAACUUCACUUGAAUUUCACCUAGAAUUUUCAAUUUUUUGCCACGUGGAUUUUUGGACUUAGAAUUUUCAGAAUCUGAAAUUUCAAAAAAAAACUUGCCACGUGGAUUUUUGGUCGUAGAAUUUUCAGAUUUCAAAUUUUCGAAUCAUUUUUUGCCACGUGAAUUUUUGGUCCUGAAAUUUUCAGAAUCUGAAAUUUCAGUUUAAUUUUUGCCACGUGGAUUUUUUUGACCCAAAAUUUUCAGAAUCUGAAAUUUCAAAUAGCUUUAGUCCACGUAAAUUUUCUGGUCGUAGAUUUUUCAGAAUCCGAAUUUUCAAAAAAAAAAAAUUGACACGUGGAUUUUUCGACCUAGAAUUUUCAGAAUCUGAAAUUUCAGAUCAUUUUUCUGCCACGUGGAAAUCCACAGUAUCCCCUCCCCCACAGUCAAUUCUCUUCUUUUCAGAAAUCCACAUCUACAGUACCCUCCUCAUCCUCUUCAUUUUCCUUCCUAACAUCUAGCGUACCACCUUCUCGAUCCUCACCUACAGUAACCCAGACAUCUACAGUACUCCCGAAAAAAUCACCGUUCAAAAAACAAAUCGAAAGCGAAAGUUCGGAUGCGGAAUCGAUUAUUUUUGAUGAGGUUUUUGAGGAGCCUGAAGUAAAGGCUCCGCCUAAGGUUAGGCCUGAAACUAGGCCUGAGGUUAGGCCUAAACCUAAACCCAAGCCUGAAAGCUCUUCGGAAUCUGAAAGUUCGGAAUCAGAAUCUGAAGAUGAAGAUUCUGGAACUUCUGGAUCUAGUGAAUCUGAAUCUGAAUCUGAGUCUCAAUCCAAAACUUCAAAAUCUGAAUCAGAAAGUUUCGAAUCUGAAAGUUCUGAAACCACAAUCAGAGAAUUGUCUGAAAGCCCAAAGAAGCCCGGACCAAAGCUUGAAAGCCCCAAAAGUAGUCCAGCGGACUCGGAAAAAUCUAGGUCAAAGCCUAAGCCCACAAGAAGCCCAGUGGAAUUUUCAGACUUGCAGUCUGAAAAAUCUGAAAGCCCUAAGAGAGCCCGGAAGAAGUCCAGAAGUCCGAAAAAGCCUGAAACUCCUAAACAAGCCCGAAAGAAGUCCGAGAAGCCUAGAAAAUCUCGAAAAUCGAAGGCCUCAAAGCCUAGAAGCCCGGAAUUCUCUGAAACUGAAUCUGAAGGUUAGUUGCCACGUGGGUUUUUGGGGUUGAAAAUUUAGAUGUGGAUUUUUUAAAAAUGAAUUAUGCCACGUGGAUUUUCAGCUUCAAAUAUUAAGCUCAAGCGUUUCACUAUGAAAAUUGUCUACGUGGAAUUUCAGCUCAGAAAUUUUGAAAUUAAAAAUUUCGAGAUUAAUUUUUGCCACGUGGAAUUUGAAUUCUGAAAUUUUACGUUUAAAAAUUUUGAGAAUCAGUUUUGCCACGUGAAAUUUGAGCUCCGAAAUUUUGACCUCAAACUUUUCACUAUAAAAAUGUGCCACGUGGAAUUUUGAGCUCCAAAAUUUCAAAAUUUUUCUUGCAGACUACCCAGCCGCCUCGUGUUCCACAAACUUGCACCAACUAAUGUCCACCGUAAUCUCGGACCAUCUGAAAAUGAUCGGAGAUUUCAAUCGAAUCGAAUGGGAAUCCUGUCAAGAAUGGAAGAAAAUUCUGGAGAAUUUCGAAAAAUCCUCGGAAAAUUGCGCGAAUUCGCAGAAUUUGAGGAAAAUUGUGGAGAGACGACUGAAAAAUCGUGUAUUUUAUGAAUAA